CAAAAAUCCAUCAAUUGGUAUGAGCUUCACUUCUUGAGGAAACUGCGAGAACAAAGCAGUGAGAGGAGUGUGUGAGAGAGAGUAAACAAGAGAGCUUGUGAGGGAAAGAAGCUGUGCUAGCAAAGAAACACAGCCAUGACUACAAAUAAGACAACAACAGGAUCUCUUUCCAAUCGUCCUCUAUUCACAGGCCAGAACUAUAAUAUUUGGGCCAUCAAAAUGAAGGCAUUCUUGAGAGGUAACGAUGUGUGGGACUCAGUAGAAAAUGGCUUUAAUCCUCUCAGGCUACCAAACAAUCCAACUGUAGCACAGUUGGAGCAACAUGUAGAUUAUGUUCAAGCCUCCUACAAAGCUAUUUCAUUCAUCCAUAGUAGUGUGGCAGACUUUGUAUUUUUGAGGAUUAUGAGAGUAGAAACAGCAAAAAGUACUUGGGAUACUCUUCAAAAAGAGUUCGAGGUUGAUAGCAAAGUGAAAGAUAACUUGCUUACAUUAAAAAGGCAGUUUGAAAUGUUAACCAUGAAAGAGACAGAGACAGUUCAUCAAUAUUCAAACAAGCUGAUAGAUAUCGUCAACCAAAUUAGAUUUCAAGUUGAAGAUUUUCCAGAUAAAAGAGUUGUUGAUAAGAUAAUGCUCAGUGUACUAGACAAGUUUGAAUUGACGAUCUCAGCUAUAGAAGAGUCCUGUGACUUGAAUCAGCUUACCAUUUCUGAGCUCACUAGCAAGGUGUGUCAAUGCUGUCAACUUGAAAAAAUGCAUCAACUAUCAUUUCCUGUCAGCAAGGCAUUUAGAGCUAGUGAAAAACUGAGCUUGACCGUACAGACAUUUGUGAUCCUGGGGAUCUACAUGGCGUCCAACAAAAUUCGCGGUGACCGAGGUCACCGGCUUUUCUUUACAAUACUUGGUGCCGUUUUGUUUAUUCUUGGGUUCUAUCAUACACGGAUCGCAUACUAUGCAUACAAGGGAUAUAAAGGUUUCUCCUUCUCCAAUAUACCUCCCGUGUAGAUGAUGCCAGAUAUUUUAGCUGCAUUGCCUCUUCUGUACAGAUGUUUCACUGAAUCUUGUACUUUUCAUUUUCAAUGUUAUAUUUUCCCUUCUACAGUUCUACUAUGGAAAAUUAAUGUCCAGCACCAGU